AGAGGUUGCGAAAAGAUAAAUAGAAAAAGGAGUCAUGUCCACGAGCCAAUUGAGAAAAUGUGUUGUGAUGAUGAUGGUGAUCAUGCUUGUUGUAACUCAAGCUCGUGAUAUAACUCAAUCUCAAGAAAUUGGGCCAACUCAAUCUGUUGGCCGUGUUAUUUGUCAAGCAAACUGUGUCAAAACAUGUUUUGGAUGGAGCAAAAAAGUUGGGGAUUAUAUUUCAUGUAUACAGACUUGUUUUAAGAAAUGCCCGAAAUUGUUUCCUAACAUUGAGAAUGGUUCUCGUGGAAGUGGAAUGCAAACAGACACACUGUUUUAAGCUCGAAGACAAUCGAUAAUAAUAAAUAAUUAACUUGUAGCAGUAUGUCGGGUGAGACUCUACUUAGGAAAAUAAUCCCACAAGAGUUGAGGAUGGAUUAUGUCGAACUAUAAUAAAUGAACUGUACCUUGUUAUAUUAAUGUUAAUUUUCUAUUU